AUGGAUUGUGGAGAGAAAAUUGCUGAGGACACCAUCGCGGUGAUCGGCAAUGCCUCCUUUCCCGACUUCGAUUUAGAUCGGGGUGAUCUCGGGGGCGUGUUCUCCUGGGAGCCGCCGGCAGACACCUCCAAGGUCACCCACUACGUGGUGUACAUGGCGAGGUACCACGACAACGAGUCCCAGGACUGUUACGAGGAUGUGGUCCAACUGUCAGCCUCUGUUACCGGAAGCUUCUCCUUCUCCGUCCCAGCCACACCCGAGCAGGUGGAAGCAGCGGCCCGCCAGGCGGUGUUAGCAGCCCUGCCGGGCAUAGACCCGAACAACCUCUUCGUGGUGGUGGCCAAGGCGAUCAGGAUCACGCACAGCAAGACCAUCACUGCUGAUUGCCAUUUUGCUGUUCCGAGAGCAGCCAAGGAGUAUUUCUCAACAGUUACGGCUCAAACAAACGCCAGCGGGUCGGAGGAUGGCGGUGACGACGAACCAUCACCUAACGUCUCAAGGAGGCUGUCUUCCUACGACUUUUCCGACGCUCCUGAGGACUCGGAUGCGAUCCCUCGGCAGCUGUCAGCAAGCGUGGGGCUUUUCUCCUUGAGCCUUAGCUGGUGCCGGAAGUUUGUUGCUAGCACGCUGGAAGGCAGCACCACCAUUACGGUUCCUCCAGAGACGGCCCUCGCAAAUUGGACACACUACCUUGUGUAUGCCUCCUCCAGCCUUGCAGAACAAAGCUAUCCAAGAGCCUUGCUCAUUGACCUGGAUUUCCACGACCUGGGCGGGCGCUUGAGCUGGGACCCACCGAACUCCACGGAGCGGCUUGCGGCAUAUGCCGUCUACCUGGCCGAAAGCUCCUCGGGUGGCAGCCGUUCACAGCUCGGCUUUGAGUUGGCUCCGGACGUUCUCUUCUACGAUGUGCCUCCGAAGCUAGGUGACACCAGCAUCAGUUUGAAGAACACGCCACGCGACAAUUUCACCCACUUCACAGUCUUCACCAAGUCCGUCCUAGUGGAGCAGACGACGCCUGCCUUCCUUGCCAUCCAGGAUGAGGCAUCUCGGGCGAACAAUGUGUCCUUCAUCGACGAUGACCUGGAUUUGGGCGAGAUCGGAGGUAACCUCUCGUGGCUGGCCGCGGUGGAUGAUUCUGAGGUGGUGGAGUAUGCCAUCUAUCUGGCUGAGGGCCGGGAUGGUACGAACCGGAGCUUGCUUGGCAACGUCAGUCGAGAUGUAUUCAGUUUCCUGGUUCCAGACAACACUGAGCUGCUGAGCUCCUGGGCUCUCUCAAGUUACACGCACUUGCUGGUCUAUGGUAGGUCGCCACUGGAAGAGCAAACAACGCCGUCCUCGGUGGUCAUCAUUGAAACCAUCGCCAGCGUCGCCAACGUGUCCUUCACAGACUUGGACUUGGAUGCCGGCGAGCUUGGCGGCACGGUGUCCUUUCUACCGCCUGCAUCCGCUGAGCGUGUUGUGAGCUACGUGGCAUACCUGUCCACGGGCUUUGGGGACUCCAUGAGUGACAGAACAUGUGAGGAAGCAGUAGGCAUUCUGCCUGACACUGCUCUGGCCAACUUCACCCAUGUGCUGAUCUACACCAAGUCACGACUUGCCGAGCAGUCGACUCCAGUCGCCAUCAGCUUGCAAGACAACAACGCUUCGGCAUCCACCGUCCUCUUCGCAGAUUUGGACUUGGACUUGGGUGACAUCGGAGGGCCUCUAUUGUGGCGGGCUCCAGCUGACACGUCGCUAGUCACGCACUACGAGGUGUACCUGACUAACGACACCAUGGCCCAGUGGAGAGAGCACUACGCCACACUGCCCGUGGGGACGACUAACCUGCAGAUCCGCGCAGAGAAGCGUUUGAUGACAGAGAGCACGUACCUCUCCCACUUCCUGGUUUACACGCGGUCCGAACUUGUGGAACAGUCGACCCCCAGCAUGCACCAGAUAGUGGACGAGUUCGCCAGCGUCUCGAACAUAUCCUUCACAGACUUGGAUCUGGAUCUCGAUGAAAUUGGAGGCUUGGUGUCUUGGGACGCUGCGGCCAAGACAGAUCUCGUGGAAGGCUACAACCUCUACGUGGCCGACUCCCCUGACGGUUCCUUCCGAUCACAGGUGGAGGACGGAGUCAACGUCACAACCCUCGAGAUUUUGUAUGACACCCCACGGCAGAACUUCAGCCACCUCGUGGUGUACACCAGGUCGGCACUGGUGGAGCAGACCACCCCAGUGUCUGCAGCCCUUCUCGAUUCGUCCGCUACGGUGUCAAACGUGACAUUCACGGACUACGACCUCGACGCCACAGACAUCGCUGGGCCAUUGGAAUGGGCUCCGCCCAGCGACAUUUCGGAGGUGGCCACGUAUGUUGUGUACUUGGCCAGAUCCGCGCCAGUAUUUGGUGGAGCGCGGGUUUGCUCCCAACGCCUCGAGUCCAUGCAGGCGACGUCGGCUCAGACAGAGGAGGCAGACCACGAGUUCCUUCUCAGCGGCAAAAUCCCGGCAGACUCGGAAGGUGCUUCGUGGGCGCUCAUCGCUGGGGCUUUCACCGUCAAUGCCGAGGGCGGAGCCGAGGCGGCGGCUCUGGCCACGCGCCUUGCACUUGCUCAGCUCCUAGACGUGGACGAGGUCACCACAGCAGUCGGCGGCCGGCGCCUAGCAGCUGGCAGGAGCCUAGCCGCCAAUGACUGGCAAAUCUCCUUCCAGGCGGUCGUGCCUCAAACGUCCUUAAGGUCAUCCCUGGCGCUGUUGCGUGGCCUGGCGACAGAUGCAAGCAACUUCGAAGCUUGGACGGCCCACUUCCUCUACGCCGCUGGGAUCGAGAGGGCGAUCGCAGCUUCCAUCGGCAUCAGCGACAUGACUAUAGCAGAGGCCCCUUUGUCUGCUUGGCUGGGGGUGGCGGAGCAGAAUGUAUCCGACAUCCAUGCUGCAUCCCUCGGCCCCGCGAUCGGAGGGACCCUCCUGGCAAUCUGUGAGCGGAGCUACGUCGGGAAUGUCUCCAUUGGCACGAACUUGCUGGAUGUCCCCGAAGAGUCUGCCCUUCAAGCCUUCACCCACCUCCUGGUCUACACCGUCUCUUCGGAGGGUGUGGAGCAGUCUACGCCAAUGGCGACGCGGAUCCUGGACGUCACCAGUAGCAUCUCUAACUUGGCUUUCGUGGACAAGGACCUGGAUGAAGACGAGCUUGGGGGCGACAUCUACUGGCAGGCACCCAGUGAUUCGAGGAGAGUGCUGGGGUAUCGGGCCUACCUCAGUGCUGGGCUGCUGGCAGGGCAGUCGAGGUCACUCAUAGGUUCCGAGGUCACUGUCGGCACGAACCAGACUUUCUUACCUGCGGAGACCCUCCUGGACACGUGGACACACAUAGCGGUCUUCACACGCUCGCAACUCGUGGAGCAAACAACUCCGGCAGGCGGAAGCAUCUCUGACACUUCGGCGUCGGUUUCGGCCAUCGACUUCCCUGACAAUGACUUGGAUGAGUUCGAAGUCGGGGGCCUGCUUUCCUGGAGUGACCCCAUCGACUUCAGUGAGGUGACGCAUUACGAGGUCUACUUUGCGGAAGAUCGUUCCGGCACCAACCGCUCCUACCUUGGCAACGUUUCUGUUGGCAUCAACAGCUUCGACGUUCCACCGGACACACCUUUGCGUUCUUUCAGUCACCUCGUGGUGUAUGCCCGCUCAGAGCUCGCGGAGCAAACCACUCCCGCAGCCGUUCGCAUCAUCGAGUCAGUUGCGAGCGUCUCUGCGGUGAACUUCAUAGACCUGGACUUGGAUGAGAAAGAGCUCGGAGGUGACCUACUGUGGCAACCUCCGCCGUCUCCGGAUCGAGUUGAGUUCUACGUCGUGUACCUUGCCAUCGAUGCGGCAGGCGGAGAAGUGCCGGUUGGUGUGCACCAGACCACGCUGCCAGCAGAUGCCAAGCAAGACACGAGCCUCUCCAACUUCGCCCACUUUGCUAGGCAGCACCUCAGGGAGAUGAGCCUGUGCUUCGAGAAGCCCGCAAAUCAGGUUUACACCCGUUCCGCCUUGGCGGAGCAGAGCACCCCAGUGGGCGUGGCCCUCUCCGACUCCACGGCUUUCGUGAGCAACCUGACUUUCCCAGACCUGGAUCUCGACAUCACCGAGCUUGGCGGGAACUUGACCUGGGUCCCUCCCGUGGACGACCGGCUUGUGAACCUCGCCCGGAACUAUUCCCAGCGUUGCUUUAUUGAAGAUCUCCAGGGCUUCAAGAGGCUGGGCUACAACGUCUUCUUUGCAGAUGAUCCAGCGUGUCAGGACGCUGCGUGCCAGAAGCUGCUGGUGGAGAACGUGUGGGCCAAUGAUACCCUCGUCAUCAUCUCUCCCGACACGCCGAUUCUGAACUUCACCCACCUCUUGAUCUACGCGACCUCGGGCUUCGCAGAGCAGACGACGCCAGCGAGCCUUGAAAUCGUUGAUGCCAACGCCUCCGUGUCGAACAUCCGCUUCGUGGACAAAGACUUGGAGUCAAAGGAGCUUGGUGGCGACGUCCUGUGGACAGCGCCGGAUGGCUUCAUCGAUCGAGUCGAGGCAUACGUGCUGUACCUGAGUGCCACUGGUGCUGGCGACCAGCGGAUCAGUCUUGGGUCGGAGGUGGCUGUGGGAACCGAUGUCAGGAGCAUCCCACCAGAGACUGCGACCGGUGGCCGCGACUUCUUGUCGAUUUUCACUCGCUCCUCCCUGGUGGAACAAACAACGCCGGUGGCACUGGAGUUCUCGGAUGCGGUGUCUGUGGUGGAAAACGUCAGCUUUCCGGACUUUGACCUCGACGCCUCGGACCUGGGCGGCGUGCUGGCCUGGUCCGAGCCGAGGGAUAUCAGCCAGGCCGCGAACAGGGCGAGCUUGGAAAUCACGAUGGUCAGGAAGUCUGCUGUGUGUUGA